AGGGAGGCGGCGGGCGAAGCGCGCGUCGAGCGGGGUAGUGGCGCUGCCUGUGGAGAUCCGCGGAGGCCGACCGGAUUCGUUGGCUGCCGUCCCCGCUGCCGUGCACUGGGUUAAAAACUAUAUCUAACACCAACCAUGAAAGAUCCAAGUCGCAGCAGUACUAGCCCAAGCAUCAUCAAUGAAGAUGUGAUUAUUAACGGUCAUUCUCAUGAAGAUGACAAUCCAUUUGCAGAGUACAUGUGGAUGGAAAAUGAAGAGGAAUUCAACAGACAAAUAGAAGAGGAGUUAUGGGAAGAAGAAUUUAUUGAACGCUGUUUCCAAGAAAUGCUGGAAGAAGAAGAGGAACAUGAGUGGUUUAUUCCAGCUCGAGAUCUCCCACAAACUAUGGACCAAAUCCAAGACCAAUUUAAUGACCUUGUUAUCAGUGAUGGCUCUUCCCUGGAAGAUCUUGUGGUCAAGAGCAAUCUGAAUCCAAAUGCAAAGGAGUUUGUUCCUGGGGUGAAGUACUAAAAUAUUUGAGUAGACGGGGCCCUCUUUUGGUGGAUGUAGCACAAUUUCCACACUGUGAAGGCAGUAUUAGAAGACUUAAUUGUAAAAGCUCUCUCUUGUCACUGUGUUACACUUAUGCAUUGCCAAAGUUUUGUUAGUCUUGCAUGCUUAAUAAAAGUGCUGAGACUGUUAUUAAGUAAAAAGCUGUCAAACAUUUACUGAAAAUAGAAUUGGCCCCAUGGCUUGAUGUGAAGACAGCGAGGAAAGAAGCACCAGUCAAGUUGUGUCAAAGCACCAAAUUAAAUGACCUCUAAAUCUUAGUGAAUUGUCCUUUUUGAGACUAAACUGGUCCCUUAGGGUUAACUAAUACUUGUUAAUGUCUAAACUUUUUUUAAAUGAGUAAAUUUAAGUUCUAGUAGUUAAUUUCUCAGUUCAGACUUAAAUUUGCAUUUGUCCCCAUCAAAAAGAAUCUCCUUUUUCUGAUGAGGCUUGUUAGUUAAUUUGAAAUAAUU